AUUCUCUGAGCUUAUUGAGAACGAAGAAGAUGACGGGAGAGGCAGUGAACCCUAAGGCGUAUCCGUUAGCAGAUUCUCAGUUAUCGAUAACAAUACUGGAUCUUGUUCAACAAGCUACUAACUACAAGCAGCUUAAGAAGGGAGCUAAUGAAGCUACCAAGACAUUGAACCGUGGAAUCUCUGAGUUCGUUGUUAUGGCUGCUGAUGCUGAACCACUUGAGAUUCUUCUUCAUCUUCCUUUGCUCGCCGAAGAUAAGAGCAUGCGGAGUAACGAGACCUGUGAUCGCUUGUUCAGUGACAUCGAACGAGGCAAGCCAGUUGAAGUCACAGAUUCAGCACCUCAAGGAUGCGAUAGAGAAGCUCCUGAUCUAAGGAUUUGUUGUCAGUAUGAAGAGUCUCUGCAAUGUGGAAUGGCUCUGACUGAAGGUUCUAUCAAUCCGAGUUUUCAUAUUGAUCUAUCACACUCAAAUCGAAGCACUUCGAAGCAUUACACAAGAGUAAGAAAAUUGGAAUCAGAUUGGGAAGAGAACAAAGAUGAAGAGAAAUCAGAUCAGGAAGAGAGCGAAGAGGAAGAGAAAUCUGAUUGGGAAGAGAACAAAGAUGAAGAGAAUGACAAUAAGAAGGAAGAUCGCCGAGCAGAGGAGACAGUUCUAAAACUAUACACUGAUAUCAAGGACCGAAACAUCAUGGAGAAAGACUAUCAGGUAGAGGAGACAGUUCUAAAGCUAUACUCCGAUAUCAAGGACCGAAACAUCGAUGGAAUUUCAGAAGUUAUUGGAGAUGAAUGCCAAUUCUUUUCCAACUUUUUAUCUAAGUAUCGACUCUUGCAAGGCAAGAAGCAAGUUAUGGCUUUCUUCUACUGGUUGAUCAUGAAGCUGGGAAAAGAUAUCAAGAUUAUUGUUAAACCAUCGUUCAAAGAUGGCAUGACCGUUGGAGUUCAAUGGCAACUCGAAUGUGAUAAGUCACACAUCCAAUUGGGGAAGGGAUUCAGUUUCCACGUUUGCCAUAUGUACCAGGGAAAGCUGUUGAUAAAGAAUGUUGAGAUGUUCAUGGAGCCAAUUUUCCACAUAGAGCAUCUAAGACUAAGAACUAUGGCGUUUGCAGUGAGUAUGGCUGAGAAGAUAUUCACUUUCUUGAGACCAGGGGAAAACACAAGGAGACAAGCAAUGAUACUCCUGCUACUUGCUCUUCUGCUGCUUGCUGCAGCCGCUUACUACUUCACACGACUGAGUUUCUGAUAAAAACACACAAAUAACAUGGAAGAUAGCAGGAGAUAAAACCAUAGAAAAUAAGAUUUUUCUAUCAGU